AUGGACAAACCAUGGGAUGACAUGCUGCCGAUAAAUGAUUUUAUGGAAACAGAACUAUUUGAGUUUCAUCUGAAGACAUCAUCCUUAUCAGCUCUACAACCUCCUGAACCGACUUAUGAUCUAAAGAUUAAGGAUGACCUGGGGAAUUCAGAGGCAUUAUCAUGCCUGCAGAUUGAAGUAUUGGUCUCUGCUUGUCAUGUCAGAGACACCUUCAGUACCUUCCAAGUGCUGCUCUUAGCAGGUUUUUUUCUUGGAGACGGUGCAGGUGUCGGUAAAGGAAGGGCGAUAGCUGGUUUAAUAUUGGAGAACUGGCAUCAUGGAAGAAGAAAAGUAGUGUGGAUUUCUGUUUGGUCAGACUUGGAAUUCAAUGCUAGAAGAGACUUGGAUGAUGUUGGUGCGUCAUGCAUAGAAGUGGAAAAAUACAAAGAAAAUGCUGGAAAACUAGGAAAUAAAAGGAAAAGGAACGAAAACCCCCUUUUGACCAAACGAUCGACAAAGAGGGACACGAAGUCGGCUCAGAUCGCCCUUGAACCCGGCACCCUCGGUAAGUCGCGGCUCGGUGGUGGUCAACGAACGGCAGCCCCGGAGAUGGGUACGGAGAUGAGCCACAGUAGAGUGAAAAGAAAAUCAGAACAGAAAAAGUACUGUUCUCAAGGUCGGAGAUGGGUACGGGUUCCGCAGAUGCACCGAAAAUGUCACCUAGGUACCCCAGAUCGAUCCUUCACGACGAAAAUGAAGCUGGAAUCGAAAUAUCUGUUCUUGGGGCUAGGGUUCGUAAAAUGUCGAGCUGCGUUAUGA